AGGAUGGAUGUCUCAUGUGCACACAUGCCAUCGCUGAGCUCCGGACCCCGCUGCAUCCCGUCGGCAGUGUGCGCGUGAGUGUGUGAGUGUGUGUGCAUGCAUGCGUGUGCAUGCGUGUGCGUGCGUGUGUGUGUGUGAGAGAGCGAGAGUUGUGGGGGAGUGCCGGUCGGGUAAAGACGCGUGCGAGUUUGCGUGUGUGUUCUGGGGCAGAUCUCAUUGGAAUCUCUCACGCUGGAUGUGUAAGGAUCACAGGAGGACCGACUGACUGUACAAGCGUUUCACAGAGAAACUUUGAGCAUGGCAGACCCUCUCUCCGGACUCACAUCAGUUCUCGUACCCUGACGGACUCCAGCUGCACUGAGAGGGAAGACAUGUGCUGGUCAUCUCUCCCUCCCCUUCCUCAUCAUCAUCAUCACCACUGAUCCAUGUCUGGAGGAACCAUGGUGAGCAAGGACGCUGGUAAAUGCAUGCUCACCAACUCUGAGUCUGACUCAGAGGCAACGGCGGCCUCCAUGGCCCUGGAGGUCAAAGGAUCAUUGGACAAAAGCCGGCAGGUGCGCAAGCGCAACAAAGCCCUUCAGGUGCGCUUCAAGGACAUCUGCGAGGCGCAGAAUGAACAGGCUGCUGCGGCCCGAGGGGGGAAGCCGGUCUACAAGGUGGCGUACCGCAAGUACAUGACCGUCCCAGCUCGCCGAUCAAUCCCCAAUGUCACCAAAAGCACCGGAGUGCAAACGUCACCAGAUCUUAGGAAGCGUUAUCAGACUUUUCCAUUUGAGAGGAAGAAAGGACAUACGGUCAAGCAUGCCGCUGUGGUAGAGAGCUGUAAGGACCAGGACGAUGGGUUUGUUAUUGAUAUAAAGAGGGCGAAAGCUACCGAGGCAGGUAGGGAGUGCGUGUCCUCUAAAAAUGUGAGGAAAACAAGAGCAUUAAUGCACACCAGCAAGUGCAUCGCAACCAUAGAGCAACAUCUACAAGCCAGGGACUGCCUGGAGAGAACGGACGGGCCAUGCUCGGACGCUCUGGUUCUUCCUUGUCCGACAGAUGGGUCCACAGCAGGAACGGACAACUCGGACUAUCAGAUCUGUAGCGUCAGAAGUAAACCCAGUAAGGGCUUCCAGAGAGACUCUGAAACUCUUGAUCGCUCAGGCAAGCUGCAUUUGCUGAACUCUGGGGAGAGUGGUGGGAAUAUUCUGGAGGAUUCCUCCUCCAAAGUGACAGGACCCAUCGCGUGGAACUCCCUCACGCAGGUGGAGUGCCUGGAGAGUCCAUCUGAGCGGAGCAAACGCAAGAAGGCUCUGCAGCUCAAUGGCCUGCAGACGCUGCCACGGACCAGUUGCACUACCCAGGUCCAGUGCCAUUUGGGCACGCUGUCCGCUCGACCGCUGGGGGCCAUGAAGGCGGCGGCGCCGGUGACUCCGGUCUCCUCGACAGCCGUUCCCAUGCCAGCGCCUCCAUGCAGGGGCAGCACAGGACAGGGAACCCUACGGACGGAUAAUGAGGCGUGCAAGCAGAUAGUGCCUGUCAAUCAGGAUGGGGAUGUUAAAGCGCAGCUCCAGGCCAUGGAAAACAUGAUCAGCUCCAGCCAGGAAACCAUCAAAGUGCUGCUGGGUGUCAUUCAGGAGCUGGAAAAAGGAGAAGCUCAUAGAGAAGGACUCUCCUAUCGGACCGGACAGGACACGGCCAACUGCGACACGUGUCGGAAUAGCGCAUGCAUUAUUUACAGUGUGGAGCUGGACUUUAAACUGCAGGAGGAUAAGCUCCAGCCUCUCAUGAAGAGACUGUGUCCCCCGGAGGAGUCCCCGUUCCCCCCUCUGCCGUAUCCUCAGGAGACCAUCAGCUCCACGCCCAAACGCAAGUCCAAAGCGGAGGCCAAGAAACAUGCGCGCUGGAAACUCUGGUUUCUGUGACCGCAGGAUUACACACAACUGAGCAUCAAAUUUUCAGUACAGGAGUUCAGUGACAGAAUGCAUCGUUACAGGAGCAUCUGUUCACUUGCUGUAUUUUUUGAUCAGGAUGAUUCAGGAAAAUCCUAUCAGAUUGUUUUUGUUUUUUGCCCCUUUGGUACUUUAUGGACGCAAGUACUGAA